GAGGCUGGCGCCGCUCCGGAGGCUGCGCGGGGCGGGCUCAGCGCUGCCAGGGCCGCGCGUUCUCCGGCCGGGGCCGGGGCCCUGACGGCCGCCUCCCGCCACGCCGUUACUCAGCACAGCCGGCGUCCCCACGGCCCGCCGACCCGGCAGUCGGGAGAGCACGGGGCCGCCGAGCGGAGCGCCAGGUGCAGACUAGAAGAUGAAUAAUCUUUCGUUUAGUGAACUGUGUUGCCUGUUCUGUUGUCCACCAUGCCCAGGGAAAAUUGCCUCUAAGCUGGCAUUCUUACCUCCUGAUCCCACAUACACACUGAUGUGUGAUGAGAGUGGCAGUCGCUGGACUUUACAUCUCUCAGAGCGAGCAGACUGGCAAUAUUCUUCUAGAGAAAAAGAUGCCAUUGAGUGCUUCAUGACUAGAACAUGUAAAGGCAACAGGAUUGCCUGUAUGUUCGUGCGUUGCUCACCUAAUGCCAAGUACACUUUGCUCUUCUCACAUGGAAAUGCUGUUGACCUGGGUCAGAUGAGCAGCUUUUACAUAGGACUGGGUUCACGGAUUAAUUGCAACAUAUUCUCCUAUGAUUAUUCUGGAUAUGGUGCAAGUUCUGGGAAACCUACAGAAAAGAAUCUAUAUGCUGACAUUGAUGCUGCUUGGGUGGCUCUUAGAACGAGGUAUGGAAUUCGCCCUGAAAAUGUGAUUAUAUAUGGCCAGAGUAUAGGAACGGUACCGUCUGUGGAUCUUGCUGCUAGGUAUGAAAGUGCUGCUGUAAUUCUUCAUUCUCCACUGACCUCAGGAAUGCGAGUAGCUUUUCCUGAUACAAAGAAGACUUACUGCUUUGAUGCAUUCCCAAACAUUGACAAAAUUUCUAAAAUAACAUCUCCUGUCUUAAUAAUCCAUGGAACUGAAGAUGAAGUAAUUGACUUUUCACAUGGCCUGGCAUUAUUUGAGCGUUGCCAGAGACCUGUAGAACCACUGUGGGUAGAAGGAGCAGGCCAUAAUGAUGUGGAACUCUAUGGACAGUACCUUGAAAGAUUAAAACAUUUUGUGUCACAGGAACUGGUGAACUUGUAACUUUCAUUGUGUAUUUACAUGUUUUUUUUUCAUUUCACUGCAGAACUGCACACUUUGAUAAAUAUAUAACUUAAAACCUGAAUGUUGUGUUUUCAAAUCAUCUUGGUUGCCUUCAUUAAAUCUACAGGUAAUGAUUUGUCAACAUAAUUAAUGAAGGUUUUAAUGUCAGCAUUAUAAACUGGAAUUACAUGAUCAUGCAGUCAGACUGGCAGUUCGUAUUUCUUUGUGUGAGUUUUUUCUUCUUAGAUAUAAAGAAAAAAAAUCACAAGGAGUACUGUAAGAAAAUUUAAUUAUAUAAAACCAAAUGCUGUAAAAGUGUUGCCAAGUGCUUUAGCAUAUCAAAACCAAGUUUAUAAAUAUUUUUUAAACAUCUCAAAGUGUACUGUGACUUACUCUGUUGCACAGGUGUAAUUAAAAAACUGACUUCUAAACUGUUGUUCUGUAAAAAUGUAAUAGCCAUGAAAUUUGAGCAAAUACUAAUGUAUGUAAUGAGAAUAAACAGUCACUGGAAAUUAGUCAUGCCCUGUUACAGGGAGAGGGAGGAAAAAUAGAUAUCUUUUCCCAUAUUUUUUAUUUCUUUUGGGCUUAGUUUUCCUUUAGUUAUUUUGUACUUGUAUUGUCUCUUAGCUUUCAGGAUAAUAAAAUGUAUCCACUCAUGUUCUCAGGAGUCCUAAUCUUGCCAGAAUAAUUCCACAAAUUAUCAUUGUGGUAAUGCAAGUAUCAUUCACAUGAUUGCUACUGAGGCCACAAAAUACCUCUUUGAAACCAGACUUAAGACCUAGAAGACUUCUUGAACCAUGUAGUUUUAAACACUGAUUUUUUAGAGCCACAACAUGUCAUUAAGAAGAACCUUGAAGUUUAUCCAACAUUGUAAUAAAGAGUUUGCAACUUAGCAGUUGUCUGAUCAGUCUAAUUUUGGAUGUUUAGUGUAAAAGCCUAUUGGUUUUGAGUAUUGUAUGGAAAUUUUACUAAUUGGGCCUGUGUGGGGUGGGAGGAGUGACAAGAAGAGAAUAUUGACAUUUUUCUAUUAAUUCAUCAUAAAAUAAACUUAUGUUGCCUUUCCCUUGAAUGCAUUUUACGUGAAUAAAACUAUGAAAAAUAAACUUAAUUAUAUGUAGCCUAAUUUUGAACAAAAUAAUAUUCCAACAAUACACACUGUGCUUUUAAGGCCUUACAUAGUUUAAUUGUUGUGCUUGUUUUUUGUGAUUGAGACUAUUGUAUACUUAAAUGUAGCUUUGAGUAUUGUGAAGACUUUGGUUAAGAUGUGUUGAUUAACAGUAAACAAUAUUCCACAAACUUGCAGUUUUUUCUUUUUAUUCAAAGUAAUAGCAGCAGUUGCUUGCAGUAUCAAAAUACUUAGCAACUUCCCAUUUAUUCAAGGAAAUCUGACAUCAAAAGCAAUAACUCAUUGUUCUGAAUCCCCAGUACAUUUCUUAGCUACUGUGAUCAGGGUGAUCAGCAGCUACUGUUCUGAUCACCCUUCUAUCCCCAUGCCUCACCUUACUACAAUUUGCCAUUCAGGACACGGGCUUUCUGCUGCAAAGCUGCUUGUAAACUUUUUUUUCUGUAAUGAAUUCUACUAUCUCCUUCUUUGAAAUUAAAAUGAAUUAUUGUCUUUUGCACUCUGUUGAGUUAAUUGAGUAGAAAGAAAUUUGUUCCCAAGCAACUAGGUUUCUGUGUGAUUUUUUGAUCAAGGAUGUUUCAGUGAGUUCUGAAAUUCAGAGUAUAUUCAGAAACAGCAACAUUAGACUUAAGCAUUUUCAUCCUAGUUCAAGGCUUUUGGAUACAGGUGUGUAACUCAGCUUUAUUAACAUCGUAUUUAAUACGUUGUUUGAUUUCCUUUUCUUACUACCUUAGUAAGGAGGUAGCCACUAGCCACUAUCUCCAAUGGAUGUCCUUGCCAUUAAAUGUUUAAGUGCUUUCUUUGUGAUGAAUGGAGCCUGUUUUGAGAUUCACCUUCAGGAAUUCAGAAAUAAGGAGUGUAGAAGUGCAGUGUUAAGUGAUAUAUAUUGGCUGCAGUUUGGUUGCCUGCCCCUUGCAGGCAAAUGAUCAACUGUCACCACAAGAACUAUCUGAUUGUGCCAGGGGAUAUUGUGGCACCCUGUAAUUGAAAAAGACAGAAAAGGUGUCAUAGUAGUUUUGCUCCUUUUGUUUCUGUAUUUUGUUGAAGCUGAACGAAAGGCCUGACUAACAGUGUUUUGACUUCAGUAUGUGCAGCUGUGCUGGAUUGCACUGGUGAGUGGAGAUUCUGGUCUCUUGCACCAUUUAUGCGUGGUUAAUUAUUGCCGUUUUGUGCUGAUUUAUGUUUUAUACUUGUAUUUUUACAGAUGAGUUGUAUAUGUGAAGAAAUUUAAAUGGGUUUUAGGCAUAGCUUAGCCUGUGGUGCAGAUUGUAUUAUGGCAGCAAACUUGUUAGUGACAGAAAGCAACUCUGAGCUGUUGCAACGAUGAGGAAAACAUUUGACAGGCUGAUUGUCUUGUCCUUAUACCAUCAUUUUGGUCAAAUUGACAAUGGGCUGUUGUUUAAUGUUACAGAUGCAAUUGUCUCCUGAUAAACAAAGUUGAUUCAGCAUUCAUUGAAAAGACAAUGCCUGUAUUUUAGGGAAAAAGAAAAGAGUGUUUUGUAAGCUUCAUGGUGUCAUUCCUGGUUUGUUUUUUUUAAGAGAUGUAUUUGACAGUAAGCUGUCUUUUUCAGUUCUGGAAACCUUGGCAAAUCAGCUUUCAAAACAACUUCAUAUAUGUAAAAUAUGUGAUUACCUUCUAAAGGUGGGGUCUAUUUGGGACAUGUUUUGCUUUUACAUUCACAACUCCAUAAAACUCCCCUCUCUUUACUGUCCACUUCUGGCACCAAAGAAUUCUAGUGUAUGUUCAGUUAGAUACUCUUAUUGAUUGAUUCUAAACUUACUUUCCUUUUCAAGAUUUUUUUAAUUGGGGAAAAAUAUUGCAUGUUUAUUUUUGGGCUCCUUUAAUUGGGUGACAUUGGGCAACAAGGUACUGCUCAUAUGGAAUAUGCCAGGUCCUACAGGUCCUAAUUUUCUCACUACUCUGUAGGCGUUGUUAAUACCUUAACAUCACAAAUAAGGUAAAUAGUAUGUAAAUAGGAGGCUGAUUGGUUGAAAACUUUGCAGAAAAGGAGUUGGGGACCCUGCUGCAACAGGCUGCACAUGAACCAGCAGUGCACCCUUAUGCCAAAGGCAAACGAGACCAUUCCAGGCCUGAUAGGCAGAGGCCUGCCAGCAGAUCAUGGGAAGUGAUCCUACCUCUCCUCUCUGCUCUGUGAGUGCAGAUGUGUGUGAAAUGCUGAGUCUAACUCUGGGCUUUUGCAUGAGGAAGAUUGGGAUGUAUUGAAGGAAGUCCAGUGCAGGGCCACAGCUAUGACUGAAGGACUGGACCAUCCAGCAUAGGAAGAGAUGCUGAGAGAGCUGGGGCUGUUCAUCCUG